CCGACCAGAAGUUUCCGAUUGAACUUUGCACGGCGAUCGAUCCAGUACGAAGUUGAGCCGGAGAAGAUGGAGAAUUGAAGAAGAUUCAGAAGAAAUUGAAAACCCAGAAACAAUCUCUUUACCAUUUUCAUCACCGGCCGAUCUCUGACUUCUCCUCUCUAAAAUUUCAAUGGGUGCAUCAGAAUCUACGCUCUCAGGCUCUCUGAAUCCGCCAGACGAAAUCACCACAGUUUCUGAACGAAUUCAAGGCGUCGAUCCCAUUCUCGAGAAGCUUAGAUCCCUCAAAAUUGCAAAACCUAUUCUUGAUGUAACACCGACAGAGACGAGCUUGACUGAUAUUCUAGUGAGGAAACCAUCAUCAACCACGAUGGUAAAUCCAAAGGUGAUAUUGGAUCUCUUUUCUAUGUACCGUAACUGGCAUGAAGAGAAGGCUCAGAAGAUCAGCAAGAAACAGGAAGAGAUUGAAAACAAGAUAGAACUUGUAGAUGCUUUGGCUGUCAAACUUCUUCAACGUUUCAAUUAUUCUGUAUCAUCAAUGAAGACAGCUUCCCAUCAUCUGUCAGAAGUUCAUGUGCUGAAAAUUGAACUUGGGGAACUAAAAGGAAGGUUGACUGAAGUGAUCAGCAACUGUGAUGCGUUAUGUAAGAGGAUCGUUUUAGAGGGACCAGAGCCACUCCGAUCAUCUGUCAAGCCAUUUGCAACACCUCAUGAUGUGAGAAGAACAGCUAGGUCAGACCAGCCCAAACUAACAGAUGGAACAGAUCCAUCCACCCCCAAACCUAACUAACACCGAUUUCCUCAGGUUUUUCAUUUUUAACUUUUCACCUUUUUCUUUUGUAUAAAUCUUUUGGACCAUAGAAAGUGAACUUCACUUUGGACUAGAUGAUUUGCUCACUCAUUUUAGAAGUAUAUUAUUAUAAUUACUCUUUAUAUAUUGUGCUGUGCAUUUAUUGUAAGUAUUAACACUGGAUCAGAGUUUUUCUUUCAUAUACAAUCUGACAGUUCUUUUUAA